AUGCAUAAUAAUGAUUUGAAGAAAGAUAUUAUGACUGCUUGCAUAAUAAUGCAUAAUAUGAUAAUCGAGGAUGAACGAGAUCUUAAUUCUCCAAUUGUUGAAGAAAGAGAUGUGCCGCCUCCGAAUGUCGAAUUUGUUGAAGAUGAGGACACUCAAUUUCAAGAAUUCCUUGCCCGAUUUAGACAAAUCAAAGAUGCAACUGCUCAUUUUGCUCUACGAAAUGCACUAAUUGAACAUUUGUGGAAUGAAUAUUCUAAUUCCGAGAAUUAA